AUGAGUAGUUCUUUGAGGGAUCUUAUGCGAAGAGAGAAGGAAUCUCGGAAGAGGACCUCUACAGAAACUACUGACUCGAAUAAACAAAAAAUACAAAAAACAUCGCAACCUGAGUAUGACAAAGUAAAGGAUGACGGGAAACCUACAUUUAGUGCGUCUACAAAUCCCAAACCUGAACAUAAAGUAGCAGAAUCGCUCAAACUGCCGGCAGAUUUCUUUGAUGAACCCACGCAACACACUCACAAUUCUGCCAGUUCUCUUGAUUAUGGCGUAGAUGGUACCUCAGAGCAGUUGGAAUUUAAAGCGCCGGCGCCUUUGAAUUUAAACAGGGACGCGCAACCGAAUCCGCAGUUUAACCCGGCACUGCUGGAGGAGCCGGGAGAACUCGACGUCCUCGAGGAGACCUAUGAAGUACUCGAAGAUGACCCUGAACAGUCCGACGCAGCGACGGACGUAGAUGAGCGGAAGGUCCGCCGUCCCAAGGAGUCUCCUGAGGAAGGCAAGCCGGAAGACAUCGAGGUUCUCGACGAGGCGAGGCUGGUCUACGAUCAGCUGAACACCGCCUACUGCAGCAACUUCGAGUUCGAGCACGAGAGGAUCCUCAGGGAGGCUGGCAUUCAGGACGACGGCACUGGCGCCGCCGCCCUCGCCGGCGUGGAGAGUGACGAUGAGUCUGAGGAGGCGAGGAGCAGGAGCGUGAUAACGUCCUCGAACUUCGGCGCCGCAAACCUGUCAGUCAGCGCCAGCGAGAACCUGCCCGUCGGCUUCUUCGACGACCAGAACGUGGACGCCAAGGCUCGUGGGAAGCUGACCGCUAAGGAGGCGCGUCAGAGGAUACGGGAGCUGUCGAGGAAGCGUGCCCUUUACCUGAACGAGGCCAAGUACGUUCAGCAGAAGUUCCUGGAGGGCCACCGGGAGCGGCUGCGCAUGGAGAACGACCAGGUUGAGGGCUCUGAGGCCCUGAGGCAGCUCCAGCAUAAACUCACUGAGAUUAAGGGCGAGCUUGUGCUUGACUCCUCCGACCUUAAGGUCGACCCUGACAGGGACGCCAAGGUUGAGCAUGUUCUGGGCGAUUACGCUGACCUUGACUACGACGACCUCUCCUGGAUGUCCAGGUCAUUGUUAUUGCAAAUUUACGAGCUGAGCACUUGUCUUAUGCUGUAUAUUUUUGAAUAG